AUGGAGACGGCGAUCGGGGCGGGCGGGAGGACGUGGGCGCGGGCGACGAGCGCGCUGUGUCGAACGGCGGCGCGGUUGGACGCGCGCGAUACGGAGGAUGGGAAACGGUACCUCGACGAAUCGUUGCGGCUGCUCGAGACGAGGGAGAGCGAGCGCGGGAGUGGGGACGCGGACGCGCGCGCGAGAGCGGCGAUGUGCGCGCGAUUGAGCGGCGCGCGGGUGUUGGGAUCGAUGGGCUCGGCGGCGAAGGAGAGCGCGAGAGGCGCGUUCGACGAGACGGGCGCGCUUCGAGGCGAGUUCUUCGCGCGCGCCGUUCCCGCGCUGUUGGAACAUUCGUAUAAAGAUAAAGCGGGAAGCGUGCGGCGGGCGUGCGCGGAGGCGCUCGGGCGCGUGGGAGGGUUGAAGACGACGGACGUUCGCCAGCUCGGACGCGCGUUGGGCGAUAAGCGCGACGACGUGCGAACGGCGGCGACGCGGUCAGUCGGCGCGCAGGGUGGAGUGGCGAAGUUUUUAGUGCCCAAACUCGUCGAGAACGCGAGGCGCGAUGAUCCAGAGUUGCGUCAAACCACGUGCGAGGCGCUGGAGAGCGUGUGGAAAGGACGCCAAGGCGAUCCCGCGCAAGACGGUUCGGAGGACGUUCUUUUGUUUCAAACCGCGGAGUGUAUGGGCGAACUCACGAAUGAUGCAGACGCUGGCGUGCGCGCGGCGGCGACGAGGUGCUUAGGUCACCUUCGAGGCGCCGCGGCGGCGAAAGUGAGCUUGAUUAACAAGCGCGUAGACGAUAGCGAUGAAGGCGUGCGAGACGCCGCGGCGGAGACUUUAAUCAAGCUCGGAUUCAUCAAUCCGAGCACGGGCACGCUACGAAACAAGGGCAACUACCGCACGUCAAAGUUUUCGGCGAAUAAAAACUUAUUCGCCGUCCUGACUGGCAAGCAAGAUUCCCUCGCGACGACGUCGCGCGUCAACGUUCCCGCGGGAGCCAUCGUGCGCGUGUGGUGGCCUCUGGAUGAGUGCUACUACGAAGCAAAGGUCAAGGGAUACGACAAGUCAACGCGCAAGUACAGGCUUCUAUACCUAGACGACAACGUAGAAGAAGAGGUGAACUUUAGGAAGGAAAAGGUUGACUUGAAGCACAAGCCGACGAAGAACGCCAGGGCGACGUGGAUCCCGUGCGGCGCGGUGCAGCGCAAGCCAAAGUCGAAGGACAAGGAUCAACCAAAACACAAAAUAGCGCGAAAGCGAUCGUCGGCGACGAGCGCGUGGGUGGAUUACGACGCCGAAGAGCAAAAACGGAUCGGUCGCGAAGCGCUCGUCGGUCGUCGAAUGAAAGUUUGGUGGCCAGACGACAAGGCGUGGUACGCCGGCGAGAUUCGUCGCUUCAGCGCCGACACGGGCAAGUAUACGGUGUUUUACUUCGAGGACGGCGAAGAGGAAGAUUUAGAUUUCGACAAAGAAGAGCGCGCGCCAAAGAUUUACGAACCUGUUCAAGACGAAUCCGCGACGCCUACGAUUCACGGUUUGGAACCGCGGCGACUGCCCGUUCGCUCUGGCGAAAAGGACGCGCUGUACGAACCGGGAUGUUUCCGCGGGAGCGAGUGCUGCAGCUUCGUGAACGAAGAGGGCGAGAAAACAACAAUGUUGUGCUCGGACUUUGACAAAAUGUACGGCGGCGGAAGUCGCUGGCGACGUUCCAUCGUCGUGACUUCCGAAACCGGCGCCGAGCCGAUUGACACCUUCUUCCGCGUCAACGGCGAGCGCUGGGGGAACGCCGUCUUAGGUUAUGAGUUCGAUAUGGACGUCGCCGUCGACAUGCGAGACUUUCCCGUCGAUCGACAGCCCGUCGAACCGUCUUGGCAACGCGUGAAAAUCAUCUCGUACAACCCGACGAGCGGCGAGCACCAAUGCGUCGACAUCAAGGACGACGGCGAGCCCGAUCCCAGUCGCGCCGUGUGGCUUCCGCUCUGCAUGCAACGCACGCGCGCGCGCGCCGCCGCCGACGACGACGACGGUGAAGAUUCGAUUUCUGACAUCAUUAGUUCAUAG